AUGAUGUCUGCAGCAACUGUUGUCGAUUCAAUCAAACUUGCAUAUCAUUCAGUUCUGGCUUGCGAUAUUCCCACACAGCCCACAAUAUCGGAGGAAUCCCUGUCUCACUCAAAUCGCAUCAUGGAUGCAAUUCUGGCCACGACUGAAGCAGCAGUACUUCCUGUCGCUCCUCUUCGAAGAGCACUGACGGAUGCCUUCUUUGAGCAGGUAUUCCACAAUUACCCUGUUAUCAACCCCGAGGAUAUCUCAAAUCCAAACCCGUCUAUUCUUCUGCAGCAAGGUGUCUGUCUCGCUGGGAGUUUGAUGAGAGAUGGUCCAACAAAUCUCCAACUUUCACGCUCACUCUAUGACAAGGUAAAAACCCUCAUUUAUCUCAAUUAUGAACCCGAUGAUCUCGCAACGUUGAAGACAAUGUGUCUCCUGUCGUGUUGGAGUGUGAAGCCACCCGAUAAGAUCAGUUUAGAUGGGCCCUGGUACUGGACAGGAGUGGCUUCAAGGCUUGCCAUUCAGAUGGGUCUUCACCGGGAGUCGACCUACACCAAUAAUCCCCAAAACCAUUGCCUUCGUCGGAUUUUCUGGCAACUUUAUAGCAGCGACAAACUACAAGUUGCCUGUUGGGGUCGCCCACCAUCCUUCAGCUCAAGAUAUAUCACCGUCAAACCCCCAGUACUGGAAGACUUCGAGAUACAGAAUGUGCAAGCCCUAGUUUUUAUACACACAACAAAACUAUGUACCAUUAUUGGAAACAUUGCAGAGCUUCACCUAGAACGACGGCCAGUCCCUUUCCAUGAGGUCUUCGUGCUCAGUGAGACAUUAUGUGGUUGGGUGCGCGAGAUUCCCCAUGAGCUUUGCCUAUACAAUUCUGAAGGCGGCAGAAACGAAUUCAAUCGACCAGUAUCUGAACUAUUCAUCAAAUAUUUUGCUGCAAUAAUUUUGUUGCAGCUCCUCCAGAAUGAAGUCAAUCAGCAGAGGCGUACAACGGUGCGGUCACUUGUUGCGGCAUCAUGUAUGGCUAAGCUCUAUGAAGAAAUUCACUACAGAGAACAGACAUGUUAUUUACUCCCUAUACAUGGAUUUCUGUGUAUGGUCGCAUCGCUCCCACAGAUAUACUAUCAGCCACAAUCUGCAGAGAAGAACAGAACCCGCAAAGAGGAACUCGACAUCUUACGCUCCAUCAUGGGCAACAUGAGAGGUAAAUACGGCGGAGCUACAAUGAUCCUAGCUAAGAUCCAGCGGCUUGAGAAAGAGGUCAAAGCUUCAACAGAUCGAUAUCUUUUGGAAGCAGAUGCUGUUGGGCUAUCCAGUGAUGGUAUCCUGCACGAUCCAAGUGAAUCCCUCGGGGAACUCUUCCCAUUUCCUCCCACUGCAUGUGCUCACAUGGAUUUCAUUAAGCAAAGUGGAGAGACGCAGCAAGGCUUCUUGCCUCAGGACUUUGUCCCGAUGGAGGAUGAGUGGGCCAAAUGGCUAGUCUCCGAAGGCCAUAACUUUGUGGACUUAUUUGGAAUGUACUCUGGCGCGUAUGACGUGGAAGAGCCAUAUAUUUAA